AGCCGGAGCCGGAGGCGACGGGAGCCGAGCGGGAGCCGCCGAGGCCACCACCGGGUCCCCAGCGCCGCCGCCGCCUCCGCGCCCCACCCCGAGCCGGCCCCCGCGCCCCUGCCUGCUGGCGGCGGGCGUGAGCGCCGUGGCCAGCCCUUGGCCGGCCGGUGGGCAGCCGGCACCAUGGCCGCACAGGAGCCUCUGCGGCCGCGUCUGUGCCGCCUGGUGCGCGGCGAGCACGGCUACGGCUUCCACCUGCACGGCGAGAAGGGCCGCCGCGGGCAGUUCAUUCGGCGCGUGGAGCCCGGUUCCCCGGCGGAGGCGGCCGCGCUGCGCGCCGGAGACCGGCUGGUCGAGGUCAACGGCGUCAACGUGGAGGGUGAGACGCACCACCAGGUGGUGCAGAGGAUCAAGGCCGUGGAGGGGCAGACUCGGCUGCUGGUGGUGGACAAGGAGACGGACGAAGAGCUCCUCCGGCGGCAACUGACCUGCACUGAGGAUAUGGCCCAGCGAGGGCUGCCGCCUGCCCACGACCCCUGGGAGCCAAAGCCGGACUGGGCACGAGGGGGCAGCCUCAGCUCUGAGGUCGCCCAGAAGGAUGUCAACGGGCCCCUGAGGGAGCUGCGCCCGAGGCUCUGCCACCUGCAAAAAGGCCCCCAGGGCUACGGGUUUAACCUGCACAGUGACAAGUCCCGGCCCGGACAGUAUAUCCGCUCGGUGGACCCGGGCUCACCUGCUGCCCACUCUGGCCUCCGUGCCCAGGACCGACUCAUAGAGGUGAACGGGCAGAAUGUGGAGGGGCUGCGCCACGCGGAGGUGGUUGCCAGCAUCAAGGCACGGGAGGACGAGGCCCGGCUGCUUGUGGUGGACCCCGAAACAGAUGAGCACUUCAAGCGGCUGCGGGUCACACCCACCGAGGAGCAUGUGGAAGGUCCAUUGCCAUCACCAGUCACCAACGGGACCAGCUCGGCCCAGCUCAAUGGUGGCUCCGUGUGCUCGUCCCGAAGUGACCUGCCUGACUUAGACAAGGACACUGAGGAUGGCAGCACCUGGAAGCGCGACCCUUUUCAGGAGAGCGGCCUCCACCUGAGCCCCACUGCAGCUGAGGCCAAGGAGAAGGUGAGAGCCACCAGGGUCAACAAGCGGGCGCCGCAGAUGGACUGGAACCGGAAGCGAGAGAUCUUCAGCAACUUCUGAGCCCUCCCUGCCUGUUUCCUGCCGGGCUCCUCCUGCACGGACCUUGGGCCUUGCCCCUCGGGCCCGCCCAGAGCUCCCCUCAGUGGACUGGAGGGGGCAUCCUUACCCCCCAAGCCGUGGUGGUCCCACCACCACCCAAGAACCAACCUGUGCCCCAGUGAGACCCCGUCCUGCCCCCAACCCGCUGGGUGCUAGGGGAGUGUGGCAGCAAGAUGGGGAGAGAGAGCCCCUGAGAUGUGAGAUACCCAGAGAGACAAUGAGGGGAUGUGGGGAGAGGAAGAGAGAGGGAG